AUGAAAAGUGCUAAUGAAAUUUACCUCGCGUUACAAGAGUUGUGCUGUGAAAAUUCGAGGAUAAGGCAAUAUGAAUUAAGUUCAACUUUAUUCGGAAUGAAGUUGAAAGAGGGUGUGUUACUAGAAGAACAUGUCAUGAAAAUGAUUAACAUUAUGGGGCAAUUACAUGCCAUGAAAAUUGAAAUGCCGGACACCCUCAAGGUGGAUUUAGUUCUCCAAUCUCUACCUUCAAGUUUCACACCUUUCAUCAAUAAUUAUCAUCUCAAUAGGUUUGAGAGAAAACUUCUUGAUUUGUUGAAUGAGAUUCAACAGUUUUAUGAUCAGGAAAGAAAAGGCAAAAGGCAGGAGGUUGUAAGUAUGGCUUCUUCCAGUAAGACAAAAAAGAAAAAGCCAAUGAAAUCCCAAAAGAAAUUGGAAACAAAACCCAGGGGAAAGGGGUUUAAGAAAAAGGCUACACCUCAAGCCAAAAAAUCUAAAGAAAAUGGCCAAUGCUUUUGGUGCAAAGAAAGUGGGCACUAG